UUUGAAAUACAUUUGAAGCUUUGUUAUAGCCAAUAAUGUGUGAAAUUCACUGAAAGGUCAGUAGUUUUUCCUGCUGGAAUGUAACCUUUAAAUUGGCCUGUUAAGAAAAUAUAAGGUCUUCCAUAUACGUUUAACCUCGUUUCUCAGAAAAGCACGACUUACUCUGAAUGCAUGAGGCAGAAAAGCAGUAGGAGGUUUGGCUCUAGAGAACAUUUUGUUCACCAAGUUUCAUUCCAUUAACCAACCACUUGUGCUACAUACAACAUCAAACACCGUUGAGUGAACUGUUGCAAGUUGCUUAUACUUCAAAUCAGACAUGUAUAAAUCGCUCGAGCACUCGAAUGCAAAUUACAAUUAUAUUCCAUCAUGUGGCGCGCAUCUUCAAGUGCGCGUUUGACAAUAGCUUCAUAUUUGCCAAACAGGAAGUUGUGGCGUUUUGGUAACCGUCUCAGACAUAUUUCACCAGUCACCGUAUUUACAAUCUUGUCUGGAAAUAGCUUUUACUCAUUGUGGUACUCAAUCGCAAAAAAAUGCUGUCUUGUCUGUUUCAGCCUAACAUCUUCCUGUAGACACAACACGUGAGACACAUUGUAUCUCUCCUCCUCUUACUCUCCUCAUUCAUCUCCUCCCAGCCACUCAGAGUGGAGUGCUGUGGUCGAACUUGCUCUCAGAGGGUCACUUUUGAUCAUCUCUGGACAGGAAGCAUUACUGAGUGUGAGACACUCUUCUCAUUUUCUGGAAGGUCACGUGAGACCCAAAGCCAGACUGAAGCGGUACAGAGGCUGAGGUGCUGGGUUUAGGGCUGCUGGGAUUGGGUGGACACCCUGCUGAUGUUGGAGACGGUGGAGAACAUCGUAUCUGUGAUCAGAGUGAUAUGCAGAUGGCUAUGAACGUGACUUUCAACAUGACAAACAAUUCAUCGUGUGUGGUUAUGACCCAGUCGGCGAGUCAUCUGCUCAUGUCUAUGAACAUCAUUUCCUUCAUCCUGGGGAUGCUUUUUAACCUCAUCACCAUUGGUCCCAUUAUUCGGCAGAUCUGCAGAAAGAACAUUUUAGGGGUCUACCUACUCAGUCUCUCCAUAUCUGAUCUCCUGUACAUUCUCACCAUGCCUCUGUGGAUCUAUUAUUUUGCUAACAACCACAAAUGGAUGCUCAGCCGCGCAAUGUGUAGCCUCGUUGGCUUCUUGUACUACUCCAACCUUUACAUCAGCAUCUUUCUCCUCUGCUGUAUCUCCAUCGAUCGAUGCCUGGCAAUCACCUUCCCGCUGCGGGUCAAAGCCUUUCGGCGCCGACGUUAUGCCUGGCUGAUCUGCGGGUUGGUCUACAUUUUUGUCAUGUUUUUGCAUUCUCUGGUGUUGUACUUAGACAAACUAUCGCAUCCGCUGGAUGACAACGAGAUGAGAUGCUACGAGACCUACCCCAUGACUGAACGCAUCGCCCUGUUCAACCUGAUCCGCGUGGCCAUCGGUUUCCUAUUGCCUCUCGUGGUCAUCACCAUCUGCUACUGUUUGAUCCCGAGCAAGGUGCAACAAAGCACUGGGGUGGAUGAGCAUGGCAAACGCAAAGUGAGACUGCUGUCUAUGGGAGUCAUUGGCAUUUUCCUAUUCUGCUUCGCCCCGUACCAUAUUCUGCUGCUGGUACGAUCUAUCACCUUCUUUUGGGUGGGUGAUAAAGACAGUUGCAGAUUCGAACAACUGAUGAAUUUACCAUUCAGUUGUUGCUUAGCUUUGUCCAGUCUAAACAGUGUGGUGGAUCCGGUGCUCUACGUGCUUGCCAGCAAUGGAGGGAGGGACGACAUGCUUUUAUUCUGUUGUAAAAACAGGCAGAGACAGGAGACCGCCAGUCCUCUUGUUGAUUCAAAAUGGAGGACUAGAGUAACCAACUGACCUAAAGCCAAUCCUUGGGGUUUGAAACUGUGAGGGAUUCACUAAGAUUGAAUUGCGCUCACUUAUAUUAGCACACACUGUUUGUGUUGCUAAAGCAACUGAAGGAAUUAUGCUCCCAAACAUUUAGCAAUUUGCCAUUUUGUUCUUGAUCAAGACCAUAGACUGUUAAAAACAUGGAUGUCACAAGUGGGUUUGUGAAGAGCAUUUUUGAAGCCAAUAGUUGGUGGAGCCUGCUGUCGCCAUAUUGCCUGAAAAUGAUCAAAAUAGCAGGAUGUUGGUGGAGUUAAGAUUCCCAGUUGCUAAAACCACGCCUACUGUACCUCAACGUUUUUGGCCCUGUCCCAAAUGGGGCACCUAAUGUGGCCUUUCAGUCUCGUGGCCUAUAAUUGCAAGUGUUCCCUUAGUCUACAAGUCCAUGGGGUGUCUGUCAUGUUUAUACUCCGAAGUGUGCUCAUCAGAACCCCCUUUGCACCCUUGAUGCGGUCCUGGCAAAGUCUGCACUGCAGCAGGCUUCACGCACUUUACCAACCCAGAAGUCUUUGUGAAAGAGCAAUCAGAUGAAUCAGACGACGGAUGGGAGGAGUCACAACUGAUGGGCAACUUCCUAUUUCUGUCUUGACGCUCGAGUCUGUCCCAAAGUAUGACUCCGAUGGAACCUUAUGGACUCACGUCAAGGGUCCCUAAGGGCUGCACUACAUAAUGUCAUCUUUCCUGAAGUCCACAAGUCCGGAGUGUGCCAUUUGGGACAGACCCAGUGACAGCAGCAGCAGUUUACCUGUCACUCAUGUGGCCACGCCCUUAAUUUUGCAGAACUUUAAGGCUUAAACAGAUGAGAAAAAUGAAGGGCAAAAUUA